CUCAAUUCCGCGGCUGCAAGAAAAAUAUCCUUCGUCGCCUCCGGCUCCGGGUGAGGAAGACUCCCGAACGGUCGAACACUGGUGGAAGCGUUUGCUUGCCAUCCAUGGCGACUUCUACUGCUGCUGCUGCUCUGCUCCGCCCCUGCCCGGGAGUUCCCGCAGCGUUGCAGUUGUCGGAGAGGUGGUCUCCCCGUGCGGUUGCUGGGCGGACGACGAGGAGGAGAAGGGGAGCGGCGGGGGUCGUGCGAGCUUGCUUCAACCCUCUCGGGGACGAGCGCAUCCUCCGAGAAGCCAUCAAGGAGCCAGUAGCAUUCAUGGGUGGUGUGUUUGCUGGCCUCUUGAGGCUUGACCUGAAUGAGGAUCCUCUCAAGGAAUGGAUCACUCGGACAGUGGAGGCUUCUGGAAUAGCUGAGGAAAACAGCUCUGAAGAAUCAAGUGAGGCAGAUCAAAAUGAUGCACCUCAACAAAUUGAAAUUGAGUGAGGGCAAAUCAGACUGUUGGGCGGUGCUUUCCAACUAAUCCAAUGAUGGGCGUGGAUCAAACAGGAAUGGCUAUCAGAAUAUCCUUCGCCUGUAAGUCUCCAGCUCCAACUUGCGAGGCGAGCUGUUAUGGCAUAAUAUGGUUGGCACUCUAGAACCAGAAGUCGUUAUUGUUGAUUUGAUCUCAAGCCACUGACGUGAACUCAGUGAUAUACCAAUGCAACCACUAACUACGUGAUGAUGACUGGAACAUAUUUCUGCUAGAAUGUUUUUGGUUCUCA